AUGGACCAGCAACUGAACACAAGAGCAAAGAGGCAUGGACAGGAAGGUCUGGGAAGAAGAGCCCUCACUGGGGAUAAGCCAAAUCCAGCUAAGCCAGCGCCAGCCCGGCAGGAACCUCUUGACACGAUGUGGACCUUGUAUGAUGAAGAUGGGUGCCAGGAGACUAGCCAUCAGGCUGAUGAAGAGAAUUCCUCACCUGACUGUUACAUAGAGUGCAUAAUAAGAGGUGAGUUUUCUGAACCCAUCCUGGAAGAGGACAUACUUCUUAAGUGUUUCAACAACCGAAAAGAAGGAUCAGAACAAGAGCUUUCUCAACAGGCUCUUACAGCAAGCUCAGUUCUUGAAUGCUCCUUGCACUGCAUGGAAAAACCAGCAAAACAAGAACUUCCUCCAAACAUUGUUGGAGAGAAUUCACUUGCUGAGCAUUCUGAGUACACGACAGGCAAGAAGCUUUCUCCUGAAGGAAUACCCAGCACUAACUCAUCAGACCCUAAACAGGUCGCAGAAUUUGCUGGAAAUAAGCCAAGCAAAAAUAUAGACUGUGCUGCUCCAGGAAAAUAUGUUUGUCCUCAUAAUGGAUGCGCAAGACAGUUCAAGACUAGAGAUUCCCUGAGAAGGCAUAUUCGCCUUCAUGGUCCCCGAUGUCACAUGUGUGCAGAAUGUGGGAAAGCAUUCCAUGAGAGCUCAAAACUAAAAAGACAUUUUCUAAUUCAUACUGGCGAGAAGCGCUAUCAGUGUACUUUUAAAGGGUGCGGAAAACGCUUUUCCCUGGACUUCAAUUUGCGUACACAUGUACGCAUCCACACUGGGGAAAAACGUUUUUUGUGUCCCUUUGAAGGCUGUCGCAAGAGGUUUGUUCAGUCAAAUAACCUGAAAGCUCACAUGUUAACUCAUGCGAAGACUGAAGAGAAUCAGUGA